AUGGAGGUACCAAACUACCCUUUAUAUUGCUAUUGGGGUGGGGAAAUUAUCCACAAAGAUGGUGAUGUAACGUAUAGGGGAGGAAAUCAAAAUUUUAUUUUCGUAAAUCCUUGGAUGACGUAUUCACACGUUUUGAAUAAGUUAUAUGAAGAAUUGAGUAUUGAUCCUAGAUUUAUGGAGUUGAAGGUGGUUAUGUGGUAUCCUAUGACUGGGGCAUAUGUCGCAAUUCCGUUGAAUGACGACAAUGCUCUUAGGGCUAUGUGGAUUGUUGUGACUCAGACUUCUUGUAUUGCAAUGAAUUAUACAUUGAACAGUAUGGAGCAACUAAUUCCCCUUACUAAUCAAAGUGUGGGGAUAGGAUCAUUCAUAAGAAUGCUUAUUAAUCCUAAAUAUGUCAAUGUAUAUCUUUCAAAGAUUAGUUAUCCGACCUCAUCGCCUAAUGUUGGAACCUCAACAAGCACACAACCACAAGCCAUUCUCGAUUCUCUUGACCCAAAUAAUGUUGAUGUUUUUGGGGAUGUCGGGAUGACUAAUACUGAUGAAGAUGAUGAUGAAGAUGUAAUUGAAGCUUGUGAUAAGGAAAUUAAAGAUAGUGCUCCCACUACAGACUUCAAUGAAGUGUCGCAACAUUUUGAAUCAUUGCAACAAUUGAAAGAUGUUGUUAAGUCUUACUCCAUAGUUAGAAAUCAAACAACUCGAGUUGUGGAAGCAGAGCCAGAGAAAUAUGUUGUUGAGUGCAAGAGGAAAGAGCAAUGUAGUUGUUCGUGGAGGCUUAGAGGAGUGAAAGAUCCAACAAUUUCUACUUUUAAAAUUCUUUGGUACAACGGUCCUCAUGCAAGUCAUUGUGUUGGUGACAUCGACUCCGUGGAUCAUAAGCUACUCACUUUCGAGUUUGUUUGCAAUGCUCUUUUAGAUGUCCUUCGCGUUGACCCUUCAUUGAAAAUCAAGACAAUAGUGCAACUUGUGAAAGAGAAGUUUGAGUUUUCAAUAACGUACAAGAGAGCAUGGCUAGAGAAACAAAAGGUUAGGACAGAUCGUGGAAGGAGAAAAGAUGGUAAAGGUGGUAACAUCCAAGCUGUGAAUUUUAUGAGAAAGACAUCCAACCCAAAUCUAAAAAGAGUCCCAGGCCAACAGUCUACUAGAAUGCAAAAUGAAAUGGAUGAGCGUCCCUAUCGUGCCAAGAAGGCAUGCAGUGUUUGUCGGCGACCAGGGCAUAACAAGAGAACAGUUCCUAUAAUUAGUGGUGUGGGAUAA